AAAGAUAGCUCAGACAACAAGACGGAGCAGCGGGGCAACAGGGGUGAACGUCCAGUCGUGGAGAAAACCGUUUGCCACUUCAAAGAGAUUCCUCUGAAAGAUGAGAGGGAAGAGUAGGAGAACACGCAUGCUGGGAGACGUCUUCCAUGGAGCGUGAUGGGACUUCCAUGAGUUGCUGCUGGUCGGAAAAUUGGCAUGGAAGACGGCAGAUAACCUGAGGAGGGUGAGAGAGAGAAGGAAGUUCACAAAGACGACAAGGUAGAGGAGCGAGUGAAAGGAAAGACUUUGACUUGAGAACAAGGAGGGGAGCUCCUGGAAGCCAUGGAUGACCCCAGGAAGGGCGGGCAGGAGGAGACGGUCAGUGAGGCUCUGGGUCAUUUUCAGGCCACCUUGCAGGCGGCCGUCAGGGAGGUGCACGUGGACGUCAGCGCGUUCAAGCAGCGCAUCGAGCAGAAGAUCGAGGAGGUGUGCGUCAAAAAUGGACCCCUGGCCGAAGCGGUGAGCCGGCUGCAGGAGGAGAACCUGCAGCUCCGGGCGAGGCUGGAGGCCCUGAGCCGCCUGGUGGAGGGGCUCUCUGGAGUGCAGAUCGACCGGAGUCCCGCCGAGCUCAAGGCCAGCAGAAUAGAGAAUGGCCACGUGCAGGCUCAACCCAAGACCCAAGAGGAGCAGAGGGCUGUGGACAAGUCCUACCCUGCGCUCAACGAAGCGUCGGAGUCCAGUGGAGGGUCGAGCCAGAACGCUGCUGCUCCCAGCAGCACCCCAACGCUUCCUCCGUGGAGGGCACGACGACACGCUGACGCUAAUGGUUCAGAGAAAAACACUGCCACGGCUGCUCCGGACACUCUCAAACAGCAAGAAAACAUAACAGCAGGCCCUGACGUCGCUCCAGCUGCUGCUCCAGAGUACCACCAGCCUCUGAGCCCCAAACUGACCUCUGAGCCUCCAGCCGCUGAAGCUCUCAGAGCGCCCGACCAGGACGACCUGGGACUUCUUACCAAGCCUCACCUUCCCCUCACUGCCAUGAUGAAACCCAGCGGUGACGCUCCAGCUCGCCCUCAGUCUGCUGCAGCGGCGGCCAGAGCAACACGGGAGCCUCCAGUCAAACCUGCGGAGCCUCCGGCCAAAUCUGAUGCUGGUGGGCCUCAGGCACAUCUUCCCGUCUCUGCAGUGACGACGAAGCAGAGUUCGGACGCCGCGCUUUCUGCAGCAGCAGCUCCCAAAGCUGUAGCGGAGCCAGCAGAAUAUCCUUUCAUGAGAGGUGCGUCUGGAACGAAGGAGCAGCCGGGCUCGCUGCCCCACCUCCCCCUCACAGCUCUGACCAAGAGCAGCUCCGAGGGUCCCGCUGCCCCCAAACCUGACCCGAGUGCCCCCGCAGCCCCGGCUCCCUCAGGGCCGGACUCACAGGCAGUCAAACGAGGCGAAUAUCCAUUUCGACGCGACACUGGUGAGCCGAAGCCCCAGUUGCCUCUUUCUGCGAUCAGCAAACCGAACACAGAGUCACCCCCAGCUGCACCAGCUCAGCCUUCCAUUAUUUCCACAUCGCAGGAUCCCACAGUAAAACCUGGGGAGUAUCCCUUCAAACGGGUUCCAGUGUUGAAGACUCCCAGUCCCAGCCUGAAGAGAAGCGUGAGCUUUCCUCAGUCUGCAGAAAAGUUGCUUCCCUCGAAAUCGAUCAUCAAAUCAGGAUUCUCACCGAGUUUGGAGAAAAAAGCAAGCAAACCGGGAGGAGUCGAGUUCAAACAGGACCUGAUGAAGUCUCAGACACUUCCUCGCUCCAACGGGGCUCAAGCCAAACGGGCCAUGUUCGAACGAAUGAACUCUGAACCCCUAAAGCCGAAGGACUCCAAACCCAAACUGAAACGCUCGCAGAGUUUUGGAGUGUCGAGUGCCAGCGGUAUCAAGCAGAUUCUCCUGGAGUGGUGCCGCUCAAAAACCAUCGGAUAUCAGAACAUAGACAUCCAGAACUUCUCGUCCAGCUGGAGCGACGGGAUGGCCUUCUGCGCCCUGGUCCACUCUUUCUUCCCCCUGGAGUUCGAUUACAACGCCCUGAACCCCUCGAACCGCAAGCACAACCUACAGCUGGCCUUCACCACCGCAGAGGAGCAGGCCGACUGCCUGCGGCUGAUCGAGGUGGACGACAUGCUGGAGAUGGGCGACAAGCCGGACCCCAUGUGCGUGUUUACAUACGUGCAGUCCCUGUACAACCACCUGAAGAAGUUUGAGUAACUCUGUAUCAGAGUAGUUUACAAAGUCUAGAUGCUGUUAACCAAUGCGUGUUGUGAGCGUUUUGAAUGAAAGAGCCAGGAAGUAGCCUCCAAACAAACAGGAAACCACAAUCCUCACGUCACACUGCUGAUUUAUUUUUAACAUACGCAUGCAGUCACUCGUAUCUGAUGGAGUCGUUGUGGACUUUUACUACUUAAAAUGCUAAUUAUGAUGUGUAUUGUGAUGGUGCUGUUUUUAUUAUGUGGAGUUUUUUUGUGAAGUUCUUGAAUGUAAGACAAU